AGGGCACACAGAAAAAGAAACGAGUCUCGUUAACUAGGAUAGAUCACUUACAGUUACAACGUGGUGUAAUCUUAGAUUCUCUGAGUAUGCGAAUAGGAAUAUUGAAACUAAGAAAUAUUUGACAAGUUUUUGAUCCUCUUUUGCUUUUCAAAAAAAUUAUGUCAGUCUUAUCAUCCGUCUGCGUCGGCAUGACGUGUACUUCGUGCUACUCGAUAGCGCGUUUGAAGCACUACGUCCCACGCGUAACUGCUUCGUCACGAGAAUCACCCGCUGUCGACAUCGCCUUCCGCUUAGCGCGUCUGCGCACCUUCGGCGUCCACGCAGUCGCUACUGGCAUUCUAGCCGGCAGCCUCCAUUACGUAUGGCACGAACGGCGACGACAGCUCGAGGGGUCGGCGCUAGACCGAUUGAAGAGUGACAAGUCGUUGAUGAACUUCGAAGAUGUUGCACCGGUUUUGCCAGGAAUGAAACCCAUACCGGUGGAGGAGAUGGGCAACACGGAAGAAGAAAUCUUGGCAGAGGAGACGAGGUUGUUGAGGAUAUUGGAACAAAAGGAUCGUAGGAAGAGGGGUGCUCUUAGUCGUCCGUUGAUGAACCGUCUCACACGAAAUGGAAGCUCGACUGCUGGUGUUGAAGAAGGUGAAAGGUCGGAUGAUGAAAGUGAAUCAUAUACAUUUUUAUCGACCGAGUCAGAGAUCCCAACCAAGAACUCAUGCUGGUUGUCAAGCACAUUCCGUGCCGGCAUGUCAUGGGUGACGAGCGCCUUUUGUGACACAUGUGAAAAAGACACUGCCAUCAAGGACGAAUCACUGGUAGAAGUAGACUCGGAUAGUAUAGACCAUUUAAGAAAUCCAGGAGCACAUGGAGUCAGAAUAUAGCUUCAUCACUUGUUGCUGCAACGCGUGGAC